CGCUAGGUAUAAAUUUCUUUCGUGCUGAUAAUGAACAUCAGUCCGCCACAGGAAGCAAACACGUGAACAACAACAUGAAACUUUUCGUCUCGAGUAUUUUUCUUUGUUUUUUAUCUGUCGCUCAUGGCGAUGUUAUGUCCGACUUCAAAACCCAUGAAAUAGUACCUGAUGUUUUGAAGGAAGCACCGGCCCAAUUACUGUCGGUUAAUUACAAAGGUAUUGAAGUCAAAGUGGGAGAUGAACUAACACCCACUCAAGUGAAAGAUACUCCAACUUUAAAGUGGAAUGCGGAAGAAUCGAGUUUUUAUACAAUUAGCAUGAUCGAUCCAGAUGCACCAAGCCGGCGAAAUGCGACUCUUCGUGAAUUUUUGCACUGGAUCGUGGUGAACGUACCCGGCUCCGGCCUCGACAAAGGCGAUACUCUGGCCGCUUACAUAGGCGCCGGAGCUCCCAAAGGUACUGGCCUUCAUCGCUACGUCCAGUUGAUUUACAAGCAGCCGGGCAAAAUCGAUGUUUCCGGUAUACCGAAAAUCCCUAACAAUUCCCGAAAUGGACGUCCAAAUUUUUCCAUUCAGAAAUUUGCCGAGCUUCAUAAUCUGGGCAAUCCUAUCGCCGGUAACAUGUUCCAAGCUCAAUUCGACGAUUACGUACCGAUUCUGAGCCAGCAAUUAAGCUCAGGUGGAAUGUAAAUGAAAAUAUUCUCUCUUUUCUUUUGAACCAAAACAUAAUAUGCAUUUGAUAAAUCAUAAUUUUUAUGGACAGAAACAUGUACGGACAAAGAGUUUUUAAUAAAAUUUUGAAAUAUGUUUUA